AACGAGCGAGUCGAGAUGCGGUGAAGCCCAUCUUCCACGGUAGAGCUUUCUCUUCUCCAGUUGCCAAUAAGGUCUCAAAAGAUUGAUCGAUUCGAUAGAGCCUAGCCAAAGCUGGAUCGGGAUGGACUUUGUCUUCAUCAAUGUGAAGGUGCCUCAGGACGCGCUCCAGCUCGCCAAGGAACCCGAGAUCCGAUCGCACUUGGCCCGUCACCAAUGGCGGCAGCAUGCUGAGAAUCGUUCGGCAGCCAUCGCCAAAAGGAAGAGAGAGGGAGCCUUACCCAUCUGCGGAGAUUUGAACUGUGUAACACUGCAAAAGCGGUUCAAUGUCCAGUCCACAGUUUCGGAUGGGAGGCGAGGUGCCGGAGGCACAACCAUCAUGUCAAUCCCAAUACCUCCUCCUCUGGGAGGGCUGCGGGUUGACCCAUUCCGCUCAUAUCCAAUUGCCUGGAGACCGCUUGUUCCGCGACUGGUAGAUCAUUACCUGGUGAGCAUGGCCGUUGACAUUCCCGAACUCGACCAGCCUGGCAACCGUGGUCUACUCCGAACCAGUUGGUUUCCGCUCGUGAUGACUGAGCCUGCGCUAUUCCUGGUUAUCAUGCUGCUCGCAGCAUCCCACCAUGCAUCUGUGAACCCUCAAUCUCCCGAGAUCAAGCUGAACUUGCUCAGUCUUCGAUGCGAGGCCGUCCGAGCCGUCAACAAAGCCCUGGGCGAACAGCAGGGCGGCUUGGAUGAUGCGCUUGUGGGCGCCAUCGCCAAAAUGGCCAGCUAUGAAGCUAUGUUUGGGAGCAUGAAUGACUUCGGGGUGCAUAUGCAAGGCCUCCUUCGUGCUGUUGAUCUUCGAGGUGGUCUAUCGUCGCUCGGGUUGAACGGCCUGCUGCGUCGAAUUGUGGUGUGGAUUGAUCGCAACGCGGCAUUUCUGCACGGGUCGAUGUUGUACUUCCCCAAUGCGACUUUUGUGCCGGGACAGCCACUGCCGGAUCCUAAUCCAGGGCAUUUUUUGGGUGCCUCGUGAUGGGGGUGGCGGCGAUUGUGCAGUACAGUG